UAACAGCUUUUACUGAUAUACAUUUUGGUGAAAAGAAAUUUUUCAGGCUGCCCAGCAGCAGAAAAGGAGCAUCAGAUAUCCUGUCAACACUGCAUUCUGCAGACAGGAUCAUCACUUAUGUUGGUUAAUUCUGUUGCUACAAGUAUUGACUCUGUCUGAUGCUCACAGAACACAACCAUUACAUGGCACAACUUUCAUAACCAACAAAGUGAGAAAGAAGAUGAAAUCACUCAAGUGGGAAAAUGUUUCCAGUCUGACUGAGACCACUACUACAUUUUAUGAGAUGACAGAUGAACAGACAUCUGCUGCUCCAAGUGAGAUCCCUAAAGCAGCGGAAGUAAUGAUAAUAAUAAUAUAUAGUACAGUGUUAGUUGGAGGAGCAGUUGGAAUUGUCCUGAUGUCAAGCUGUUUAAUGAAGAGGAGAUCAAACACAAUGACUUCUGUUGCUAUUAUAAACUUAGUAGUAAUACACACAGUUUUUGUCUUAACACUCCCAUUUCGCAUAGCUUACUUUACAACGAGGCAGUGGAAUUUCAAAUUCGUCUUCUGCAAAAUAGUUAGCAGCAUCAUUCACAUCCACAUGUACCUGACAUUUCUGUUUUACAUGGCUAUUUUGGGAACACGCUAUGUCUGCUUCUUUAUGAACAGGAAUGAAAUCAUAUUCACAAAUAAAUACUGGGCCGUCAUAUCCAGUGCUACGGUAUGGAUAGUGACUAUUGUAGGUAUAUUACCACCUUAUUUUUUGAAGUAUGGCCAAACAGCAAACAAUACAUACAAUGAAACACAGUGUUUUAAUUUCCAAAAAGAAUUUGAAAAUGUGGGGGUGACUACACUAAACUAUAUAGUCAUUACUUUAGUCAUCAUUUUGGUUGCAGCCCUGUUAGCAUGUCAGGCAAUCAUGGCUGCAAAAGUGUUAAAAAAAAUUAGAGGUUCUUGGCAAGGUCAACAAGACGUUGGGGCUGUUUUGAAAAACUUGCCUUUCUUACUUAUUCUGCUUAUUUGUUACUUCCCUUAUCACAUCUUCAGGAUUUAUUAUAUCAAAAACAGUCCCUCUAGUAACAAUAGUACAGAACUUGUUAUGCACAAUGAAGCCUUUUUGGCUGCAACUGGAUUUAGUUGUUUUGACUUGCUGGUGAUAUUACUAAUCAAGCUACGAUAAGCUGUGUGAUUUGGUUGUAUAUUUCAUUUGUUCACUUCCAGUGUCUGAAACCUUCAAGCCUCAGUGACUUUCAGCUCCUGAAUAUUUACCUUGCACUGUAUCGUAUGCCUAAGCAAUAUAUAUUGAUAGCCUCAAGGUUUAAUCAGUCAGAUACAAACUGAGGUUUUUAGGAUGCUUUCAUGUCAAGAUCAAUAACAUCAGACUUAUGCCAGUGACAUUCUGGCUUCAACAACAAUUUCAGACCACCAGAAGAAUUAGCACAGAGGUCAGAAAAAAUAAAGCAGACGGUGGCCUGUUCUCUUUUCUCUUGGGGAGGGUUUAGUGGAGCCUUGUCAGAUUACUACCAUCUUUGGGCCUUGGAGUGGAUGGUGACCCUGAAAAUGCAGUCCUGAGCAUUGGGUCAGUUUGCUAAGCUGCAUUAGGUGACAUGCUUGUUGUACUGUUUUGUGAUUGUCCACAUUUUUUUUGGGGGGGGGGUUAAUAAAGAAAGCCCUCCUCAGCAGGGCAAGACCUGUAUAGAUUACAGUAAGGUGCAAGGUGGGAUACACAAAUGUUGCACAUGAUGAUAGAUGGGGAGAUCUACAAAAAUCUGACAUGUGAAGUGUUGUUCAUGGGGGGAAUCUCCCAAAUAUUUUUUACAGUAAAUAACAUCAGACUACCCUGGAUCUUUAUUGACAACUUAACUUUCAGUCUUAGCUCUCAGCUAAAAACACCAUUGCCUUGUCAUCUAUAAAGUAGUAAGCAUACCUGUUUUCAACAGACUACAGUAAAGAGAAGAAAGAUUCUGAAGCCAGUUUAGCUGAUCAGUGUUUCCUGGAUAUUCAUAAAAUAUUUAAGCACUUUGUUAAAUUUGUGAUCAGGAUAUGUUGUCAGAUGAGAAGCUUUUCAUAAGAAUAAAAACACAAUAAUUUUAA